AUGCGGUUCCUUUCUGCAUUUUCCCUACUUCUGUCUGUUGCGUCUGCGGCGAAAGUCAGCCUUUCUUUCAUUCUAGACGCAGAAGAAGACAUGUCUUCUCUGGUUAUCUAUCGCAGAAAUGGGGGCGUCCUUAUGGGGAGAUGUGGUAGAACUAUCAAUUCUACUGUGCCCAUUGACUUUUCUCAAGUUACAGUCAAUGGUGAAGGCGCAAUACCGCCAUAUGGGAACUAUGACGAGGAGAGCACUUCAAUCAUACCCAUUACAAGCGGGAACUUCACAGUUGGGAAGGCUACCUACGCGAUUCAUCCCAAUCCUGUGUUUUCAGGAGGCCCUUCAUGCAAGACAGAUGUUGACCCUGUCAACAACCGGAUCUCUAUUUACUGCAAGAGGUUGUAUUGGGAUCAUACAGACAUCAUGCCGGAAAAUAAGACGGUCGACACUGAUUGCUUUGGCCCUUACCCCCCGGUAAAGGGGGAGCGAGAUCCGGACUAUUACCCUGGGAAUGGGAAACGGCCCUUUUACAAGAGAAACUCGAUGCUCGAGCCGGACUAUUCUCCAGGGAAUGAGACACAGCCCUUUUACAAAAGAGACUUGAUGCUCAAAAUGGGUCGCCGUUGUCCCAAGAAGAAAGAAAAGCCCGUAAUUACAAGUCUUGACGGUGCUGGAUGGCCUCACCAGAGGUACCUCUUCGAGCAGAUCUCCGAAGUUGUGCACUGUGGCCAUAACCAAACCUGUUGUGCUAGUAGUGAUACGUCAAAGGCCAUAGCCUACGGAGUCUCAAUGAUGGCGUCGGUUGGUAUCAAUGUGGGUGUCAAAGCUCCACAGGAUACGGUUGGAGUAAAUCUCGAUUUCAGCGUAACCUGGGGUCUUUCGGUUACGAAAACCUGGACAAUAGGGAAUUCGUAUACUUGCCACGGUAAGGAAGGUGAUACAGUCUGCGUCUGGUACAAGGUUGCCCACACUGCAAUUACCGUUCGAAAUCAAAGGCCUGCUAGAAGGCACGAUAAGUUACGUGGCAUAAAAACUCAACCUUAUGGUAAGCAAAUGGUUGUGGCCGCCCCUAAUCGAAGGAAUGAGGGUGGUGGGGUUGUCUGCAAAUACAACGAUGAAUGCAAAUCAUUGGGUGAUACGUACUGGGACUGCUACGGUACGGAAGAUCCCCAUUUUAGGUACUGUCCACCUCUUGGAUACCCACCAAAAUUGGAUCCAGCAGACGGUCCUCUACCGCAGGAUUCGGAGUCAAUGGCUAUAAAGAGGGACAGGGAAGAGAAAAAGAAAAAGAUGAUAGCAGCUAAAGGAUGA